GCAGUUUGAAUUCAGAGUGCAUGCUUUAUUUCAAGGUGAGAAUACAUUGCAGGAAACAAACGAUGCUCACAGCCACACAUCGCUGCUAUUUCUAAGUGUUGGAGCACAAUUCUUAUUUUUCCCUGUAAAUCUUAUGCUUGACCCUAUUUUUCCAGAGGGAAAGAGGAGCUGAGGAAGGAAUAAAGCCGGAAUUCGGGGCACUGCUUUCUUCCAGCCCCAAUUACAGGGCUGGAUUCCGCGGCUAAUUAGAAUCAAAUGCUUCCAAUGAGUUCUGGGGAAGCAGCGCUCGCACUGAACUCGGCCCGGAGGCUGCGGGGGGAGCGGGGCGGCACCGGGCCGCUCGGGACGCACAGAGCACCGCGUUCCUCUCCUGGUAAUCACCGACUGAACAGCUAAAAAAACAGCGCAGGGAGCAAAAGCUCAGUGCACCCCAACCGCACCGAGACCCCAUUACCCCCCGAAUAAAAGGACCUUCGCGCACAGCCGGGGCUUUAACCGCAGCCCAGCCGCCGGGAAUCCCCAUCAGCCCCAGCGGUACGGCACAGCGGAGCGUCCACGGCGCAUUACAGCCGCGCAGCGCGGAGAACAGAGCAGCGAACCGAACCGCUCCGAGCGGCAGCGGAGACUCCGGGCGGGAACGCGGCGCGAAAGCAGCGCGGCCCCGCACCGCACGCACCGCCCCGUAUGGAAAUGAGCCCCGCCCUCUCCGCCAAUCGGGAGCGGCGCUGGGGGCGGAGCCUCACUCCCGCGCCUUAAAGGCGCCCGUUGCCGGGGGCCGCGUUUUGCACUGGAUGUGGAGCGCGGCGGCGAACGAAGGGAGCGGUGCGGGGCGCCGGGACUGCUGAGCGAGAGUUUGAUCGCAAUUUUUUUUUUGUUGGGCUGAUUUUGCUACCUUUGUGCCUUUUUCCUUUUCUUGAAAUCGUAUUCUGCUCAGUUUUUUUUUUUUAUUAUUUGUGUUUUGGUUUUUUUUUCCUCGCCUUCUGGGAGCCUGCGGAGGGCUGCACGGCACCGCUGCUCCUCUCGGGGCGGCUCAGCCCCGCGCCCCCUUCUCGCCUCCCCCAUCCUUUUCCCCAUCCCGCCCCGCUCGCGGCCACCAAAUGCUCAACAUGACCGAGGAGCACGACAAGGCGCUGGAGGCUCCGUGCAGCCCCGCGGGCACCACCAGCUCCAUGUCCCACGUGGACUCGGACUCCGACUCCCCGCUGUCCCCCGCCGGCUCCGAGGGCCUGGGCUGCGCCCCCGCGCCCGCCCCGCGCCCCCCCGGUGCCGCCCCGCUGGGCGCUAAGGUGGAUGCGGCCGAGGUGGACGAGCGCUUCCCCGCCUGCAUCCGCGACGCCGUCUCGCAGGUGCUGAAGGGCUACGACUGGAGCCUGGUGCCCAUGCCCGUGCGCGGCAACGGGUCGCUCAAGGCGAAGCCGCACGUCAAGCGGCCCAUGAACGCCUUCAUGGUGUGGGCGCAGGCCGCCCGCAGGAAGCUGGCGGACCAAUACCCGCACCUGCACAACGCCGAGCUCAGCAAGACGCUGGGCAAGCUCUGGCGUUUGUUAAGUGAAAAUGAGAAACGUCCCUUUGUGGAAGAAGCUGAGCGGCUCAGGGUCCAGCACAAAAAGGAUCACCCGGAUUAUAAAUACCAGCCCCGGAGGAGGAAAAGCGUGAAAGCUGGGCAGAGCGACUCUGACUCCGGGGCCGAGCUCAGCCAUCACGCCGGCACCCAGAUCUACAAGGCUGACAGCGGGCUGGGGGGCAUGGCUGAUGGCCACCACCAUGGCGAGCACACAGGCCAGCCCCAUGGGCCACCCACACCACCCACGACCCCCAAAACCGACCUGCACCACGGCAGCAAGCAGGAGCUGAAGCACGAGGGCCGCCGCCUCGUGGAGAGCGGCCGCCAGAACAUCGACUUCAGCAACGUGGACAUCUCAGAGCUGAGCAGCGAGGUCAUCAACAACAUGGAGACCUUCGAUGUGCACGAGUUUGACCAGUACCUGCCGCUCAAUGGCCAUACCGCCAUGCCGGCCGACCACGGCCCCAGUGCUGGCUCAUACAGCACGUCCUACUCCCACUCGGCAGCAGGCGCCGGCGGGGCUGGCCAGGUGUGGACUCACAAGAGCCCGGCCUCGGCAUCGCCAUCGUCGGCUGAUUCGGGCCAGCAAAGGCCGCACAUCAAAACGGAGCAGCUGAGCCCCAGCCACUACAGCGACCAGUCGCACGGCUCCCCUGCGCACUCCGACUACGGCUCCUACAGCACCCAGGCCUGUGCCACCACCGCCUCCACCGCCACAGCUGCCGCCUCCUUCUCCAGCUCGCAGUGCGACUACACGGACCUGCAGAGCUCCAACUACUACAACCCCUAUCCCGGUUACCCCUCCAGCAUCUAUCAGUACCCUUACUUCCACUCCUCACGGCGUCCCUACGCGACGCCCAUCCUCAACGGCUUGUCCAUCCCGCCGGCCCACAGCCCCACCGCUAACUGGGACCAGCCGGUCUACACAACCCUGACAAGGCCUUAAAAAGGAUGCGUGGAGCCCCCCCAGGGCUUCCCCGACGUAUGCACUAAUGAAGGAACGAAGAGGAAGAACGUGGAGUGCCGCGAUUGUUUCCCAAGUGCCUCCUGAGCCGCUGGGAACUCUGCUCGUUGCGACUGGGUGUCCCCUUGCUUUGAAACUCUCCAAAAGGACAGAGCUCUAUUUUUCUUUAAUUAAUAAAAUUAAAUAAAAAAAAAAAGAAGAGUUAAAACGAAAUAAUGAAAAGGACCGGUGAUUCCUUUUGAAUAAAUGAAGGACAAAACCAUUCGACUCCUCUGUGAGGACUGAACUUAUUCAUUGUGGAAGCUGACAAGUGCAAAAUGGGGUGGGGAGGGGGGUGGUGGGG